AUGGCGGACAUCCUCACACAACUUCAAACAUGUUUGGACCAGCUCGCAACCCAAUUCUACGCGACCCUCUGCUACCUAACAACCUACCACGAUCACGCCGCAGCAACCCCGCCCUCCAACAUCCCAACCGCAAUCCCACAACUGAAAAAGAUCCCAAAAAACCCUUCCCCCACCGCUACCACAUCCACCACCGCAAAAGCCGCCUCCCCGCAGCCCACAACCCCCGCUGCCGCAGAUGCACAAGCCCAGCAACAAGAACCGUCGCCAGCAGAACCUACCCCCGACCCCCCCGAGAUCUUUGCCCUGCGGCAGCGCGAGCUAGCUCGUGACCUGAUUGUCAAGGAACAGCAGAUUGAGUACCUCAUCAGCGUUUUGCCGGGGGUGGGGAGUAGCGAAGCGGAGCAGGAAGAGAAGAUUAGGCGGUUGGCGGAGGAAUUAAGGGUUGUGGAGGCGGAGAGGAGGGAGAAGAGGAGGCAGAUGAGGAAGUUGGGAGAGAGAGUUGAUGAGUUGUUGGGGGCCGUGGAAGGGACGGGGUGA